CGAAACUAGACCGGACACAUUAUCCAUAUCUAGCAAUAAUGCCAUACUAACCGAAGCUGGCAUUCCCGCAUCCUUCAUAAAAAAGAAAAAAAAGAAAAAAAAGAAGAAGAAAAGAAUAUUAUAAUUAUAGUAUAAUGACAAUUCACUAGGCUUGGAAUGUUAGGUAGGAAGGGAAUUGAGAAACUAAUAGGUUUAAAUAUAUUACUAGGUUGUUAGUUACCUCUUGCGAUAGAGACUCACACGGUAUGAGAUGUAACUUUUUACGUCCCUGAUAUAAAAGGAUCAUGUGUCCUCCUUGGCAUUCGCUACGGAACAAAAUGGAGCCCCAGUUCCAGUGAUGGUACACUAGGUAGUAUAGAUCUAAAGUACCUGGGCCUAAUUCCCGUAAUUCCCCAAGUGUACCUAUUUCAUCUGUCUUGAUACAUUCGGUACAUAUUGACUAGGGUUGGGCCUGUUACUUACGAAUUUCUUCCAUGUUUAAUUUCUUUUGCCUCGUCGAUACUUUUCUUGACUCUUUAAAUGUCUCUUUCGCCUAUCAUCCUAUUAUUCCAAACCCUGUUCCGUGUACUGAGAAGCUGACAUUGGCACUUGGCUGAUCCUUGAAUCACUCUCCUUUUCAUUCAUACUUCCUCCGCUCAAUUUAUUACGCAGCUUGCCGUCUCGAGUUCGAAGGUAGAAAAGGAAGAGAAGAGAAAAGGAAAAUCAUAAAGAUUGAUGUUGCGGCGCUCAACAAUUGCCAUUUGCUUUCAUCACUUGAACGGCUCUGUUGCUAGAUUCUCAACUCGCUCUUUAAAACAUUCUUGCAUUCUCUCCUCGUUGGCCGCAACCGCAGCUGCUCCAAAGUUCCACUUCACUGCAAUCAAUUCUCCGAUAACAAGAUUCGCAAUGGCUUCCCAUCUUGCUAUCUCCAACGGCGUGCGCACUCACGCCAACCCUUAUAAAAUUCUGAUUGCCGGUGGCUGCUACGGCGGCCUAGCUGUGGCUGUCAACCUCCUCGAAAAAUGCGACACUAUCGAGUCUCCUAUCCCAGUCGAGAUCACCAUUGUCGAUGAGCGCGAUGGCUUCUACCAUGUAAUUGGUUCACCUCUUGCUUUCGCGUCGAAUAGCUACGCUGAGAAGGCUUGGGUAAACUUCAAAGAUAUCCCUGUGCUGCAGAGACCAGACGUGAGGUUCGUCCAUGGUACUGUCAGCAAGGUCGACUGCGAGAACAAGAUAGCGACAAUUAUUGAACAGCCAGAACAAGCAGAACGGGACCAGGGGUACGACUUCUUCGUUGCCUCUUCUGGACUCCGACGUGCCUGGCCUGCAGUGCCGCAAUCGACUAGGAGAAAGGAUUAUCUCGAAGAGACCCGUCGACACAUCGAUGCCAUAACUAACAGCACCGCACCAGUGUUAAUUGUUGGCGGAGGUGCUGUGGGUAUUGAGAUGGCUGCUGAGCUGAAAGAGGUUCAGCCCAACGUCAAGGUUACGCUGGCACACUCCCGAGCUAAGCUGCUAUCGGCCGAGCCUCUCCCUGAUAACGUCAAGGACUGCGCGCUAGACCUGACGGAACAAGCCGGCGUCGACGUCCUCUUGAACCACCGGUUGAAGAGCAAGACGCCCGUGAAGAACGAAGAUGGCACCGAGGUAUUCGAGGUAGAAUUCGAAAACGGCCACAAAAUGAUCGCAAGCCAAGUCGUCAUGGCCAUCUCCCACAGCGUGCCGUCAACCACCUAUCUGCCCGAAGAUGCGCUUACUGAGGACCGCUAUGUCAACGUCCGGCCAACUCUGCAGCUCUCUUCGGACAAGGUCGCCAACGCCGAGUCCCACUUUGCCGUCGGGGAUCUGAUCAACUGGUCAGGCAUCAGGCGAUGCGGCUCGGCGAUGCACCAGGGCCGCUAUGCGGGGUUGAACAUCCACCAACUCAUGCUGCAGGACAUACAAGGCAAAGAACCCGUGUUUAACGAACUAGCCGAGGUUCCGCCCAUGAUCGGCCUCGCGGUAGGCAAGAACGCGCUCUCAUACGGCGGAGAAGGCAUGAAGCACGGAAAACAAGUGAUGGAGUGGUUCUUCGAGGAGGACCUAGGCUUCAGGAUUGUUUGGGAUCAUCUUCGACUUGGUGGUACCAAGGCAUGAAUAUGACGGAAAUAAAAUACGGCUGCACGCUUUGGUUCGAGUGGGGUGUUAUCGGCGUUCAUUGGGGGGUCCUGGGGUAAAAUGAUUUUGACGGUUGGAAACACGAGUUCCUGCGGAUGCUGGGAUUAGACCGCACCACACGUGUAAAGUAAAGUAGACAGACGGGCAGUUCUUGUUAAUUAGAUAUUAAUGAGCACAGUUCUUAUUCGAAUAAUACAUUGUAAAGUA